CGAGCCCGCACCGUGCAGUUGCCGUCGUCACCCAGUAAACGCAACAGCCGACAUGACAUGGCUGCUUGACACGCCACGCCCAUGGCGAAGCGACGGAGAGCGCAAGUCACGGCGCGGUAACGGCGUCGCCUGACGCGGCGACGGGUGCGUCGUCGCUGCGGUCGUGCGAAGACACGGGUGCACCUGUACUGUGGCAGUCUGUGUCAAGUGCGUGGUAACGCUGCUACUUGCAGCAGUCGUCGGCGUUGGCGCCACCGCGUUACCUGCCACUUUUGCGUCAGUGCAAUGUCAGGGGCCAAUCACAUGCCGAGUGCCCGUUGGCCGACGUCGCUGAUUGGCCGAUUCAAACGGCCCGACGACAAAUGUGUCAACUUGACCCGACCACCGCCUUGCACAUGGCGACGGACGGACUUGCGUUACGCGCACGACUUAGUCGAACGCACGGCUUUGCUUAGAUUUGGAAUAGUGCCCUCUCCGUCAUGAAGAGUGAGAGCUGCGACUUCAAGGGCUGCCACCGCCCGAUCGACGCGGCCAGUGGCGCCAAGCGCACGUGCGCCGUGCACAAGUACCGCCGCCACUGCGCGAUCCCGCUCUGCACCAACCAAGUGUACGCGCGCAAGCUCUGCGCCCGCCAUGGCGGCAAGCGCACGUGCAAAGUCGACCGCUGCUGCGCGCCCACGACCGGCCGCGGCGGCUUUUGCUCGGUCCACGGCCCCGCUCGGAAUCGCUCGUCGGCGCGGUCGUCGUCGGCCGUGAGCGCCGACAGCACGAGCGACGAGAGCGACGACGCGCGCUGGUCGCCGCUCGCUUUUCGAACCGACUCGGACCCGUUGCUGGUCGAGGUCUCGGCCGACAUUCUCAGCCUCAUCCUCGAGCUUGACAGCACGCCGGCGCGGUGACAUGCCAUCGAUUCUCCGAUGCCAGACGGGAGUUGCUGUUGUCGUCUCUCAUUAUUUAAUACAAAGCUGCAAGACAUGUUGCAUCACCA